UUAAGUUAUUUUUGUUGCAAAAUGAAAGGUACCCAUUGGCUGCGGAAUAUUGUGCGCCAAAUCCUGCAUGAAAAGAGAGAAAGGUGCGAUGACGACGUGGACUUUGCCCUAGAGCACACGUAUCCAGGUAGACCGCCAUGCCACGCGGAACUGUCAGGGUGCGCUUCUCCAAGGCUGAUCCAUACGUUUCUUAGCAGAGAUCUGGCGCCUCCAGGACUAGCCCGUCCCUUCCAGAAGAUCAAAGUGUUGGUUUUGAUGAGAAACCCCAAAGACGUUUGUACAUCCUACUAUUUCUGGUCCCAAAACGUCAACUACUUCAAAACACCUGAAUCCUGGGAGACGUUUCAAGCAGACUUCCUGGAUGGAAACGUUACUCGAGGGUCUUAUUACGACCACGUGCUUGGCUGGUGGAAGAUGAAGGACGACCCCCAUUUUCUCUUCAUCAAGUACGAGGAUCUCAGGAAGAAAACGUUUUCGUCAGUAAAGGACAUAGCAGCGUUCCUGAACAAGCCGCUCAGCGAUGAAGACGUGGAUUUUGUGGUGAAGUCUUGCAGUUUUGAGACGCCAAUAGAGCCAGGGAAAAAACUCGCCAAAAUAAAGAGAAAGGGAGUCGUAGGUGACUGGAAGAACAACUUCACACAGCCACAGAGCGAGGCGUUCGACAAUCACUUCAAAGACAGAUUUGAAGGAAGUGGUCUUGAGUUUGAAUAUGAGUAGUGUGAAACAUUGGCACUAAAACGUAACAAAGCCGAGACAUUGAGAAAAAUAUACACAUCUUCCCAGAUAUGAUUUAUUGUCCUGGAUAUUUUGAAAGGCAAUUGGUAUUCUUCUUUUAUUAAUAUUGCCAUUGAAUCUGUCAGUGAUACAUGGUUAUAUUGCAAAAAAGUACACACUAAGACAUUUACCGAAUUGUAGAUAAGAUAUGUUACCCUAGGUACACUGGGUCUUUGAAGGACAUUUGGCUAUCCAAGAAAACAACAUUCUUCUGUGCAGUUAUCUACGAUUCAGAAAAGUAUAUACAGUGUACUAUACACACAAAUCUUCGAGUUAGACAGUACGAUUAAGGACACACAUGCUUAUUACUCAACAGCAUGUAUCAUCAAACACAAGCUCUGAC